AUCAACUCUAUGGAUUUAUUCGAAAAAAUGGGCAUUUUGUACUUAAGUGUUAUCGCCAAAAACAAUACAAGCUGGAUCACAAGGGUCUUAGCUUCGAUAAGGUAUCAGACAAAGUCGAAUCAAAAGAAAAGCCUAAAUGGAGAUUAUGCGAAAGAUUACCUAAGGCUGUAUUAACUCCACAUCAAUUUCCCGAAUUACCUGGAGAAAGUAUUAAUGUAAAAGAGAUGGAGGACGCUUUAGAUGCUUUUCCAGACUUUUUAAGUGAAGAGCCUAGCACCACUCUUAUUCGUUCUACUGUAGGUACUGGAAAAACAAAAACAUUAAGAAAGAUUUUGGCAUCUUUAGCUCAAAGUGGUGCCAAUUUACCUUGUACUAUCUGGGUUUCAUAUCGCAAAACCCUUAGUAAUGAAUCCGAAGCUAAACUUAAAGAAUUGGAAAAAUUCGAUUUCAAAGUAGGGCAAUAUCAGAAUAUUGUGGCCGACCUAAAGACACGUGAGUGGGAUCUUAUUAUUGUACAAGUUGAAAGUAUUCUUCGUCUUGAUUUUCAAGGGGGUCGUUCCUGUAUAGCAAUUUUAGAUGAAGCGAAUGCCACUAUGCGUCAAAUGACUAGUGGAGUUCACGCUCGAGAAUCUUCCAAUGCUAUGCGUGAUUUCUUAAAUGUAGCUACUCAUGUUGUUGCCAUGGAUGCAUUUGCAAACGAUACGACUUUAGCUUUCUUAAAAUCAUAUCGGGGUGAGAAUGUUCGAGUUAUUGAUAACAAAUUUCAACCACGUAGAGGAGAAAUUGUUAAACUUCUUUACGAUCCAGAUAAAGGUUCAGAAGCUAUACGUAGAGGUCUUAGGAUGCUUCAAGAAGGUAAGCAUGUUGCAUUUGUUAUGACAUCCUGUAAAAAGGCCCGAGCCUUGGCUAAUCAAGCAUCUAAGUUGCAAAAACCUGAUGGUUCAUUCAUUUUAUCACGAGUUUAUUUUGGUCAAAUGGAUGGGAAGCAACGCCAAGAUGAUUUUGCUAAUAUUGAUGCCACCUGGAGUUCUCUUGACUGUGUAAUUUAUACAAGUACUGUGGAAGCUGGCAUCUCUUUUGAAAUCUCUGGAUAUUUUGAUGCAGUUAUAGGCAUUACUAAUAUCGCCACUCCGGUUCAUGUUGAAGCAUUUGCUCAGAUGUUAUUCAGAAUCCGCGACUGUCCAUUGCGUAUGGUUUCCCUUUAUCAUAGCAAAAAAUUUGAUAUUUUCAAAGAACCAUGUCGGGAACUCAUUCGGGCUGAACUUUCGGCAUUAAGACCUGGAGACUUACCAACAGCAAUCAAAGGCCAGCGUGAAUGGGAUAAAAUUGCUGAUUGUUAUGCACUUAAUCUAUCUCCAGCAGUGGAAACCUAUAUCGAAGUUGAAUAUCAGAGACGCUUAUCGGCCAAAUAUUUUCCUGAGAUUCUUUGCAGUCUUAUUGCUAGUACUGGAGCAACACUUGAAUUAAUUUCAAUAGAAGAUGCCGAAAAAGUUAACAGGAAAGAAGUUUCUCAUACUAUUAAAAAUAUUGAGAAAAAAAUUAAAAGUGCAGAUGCGGAAUUAAUAGUUAAUGCCCCAGAUAUUAGCCCCGAUGAAGCUGAAAUUCUUAAGCAAAAUUCUAUACGCUCUUUUACUGAUAACAUGACCUUGCAACGACAUUAUUUGUGGAAAAUAUAUGCUUCAGGCGAUAUCGGAGGUAAAAAUGAUAUUCGAAACUGGGGCAUGAACAAUGAUGAUUGGAUUAAACUUUGUGAUAAAGAUUUUGUGAAAAUAUACAAUAAUCCCGAACCUUUACAACAUUUUAGGGGGCUGGCGUAUUUCAGAAGACAAGGUUCCAAUGCAACAAAAGCUAUAGAAAAUCUAGAAGUCAAAGAAGAAAUGCAAUGGGAAGAUUCACACGAUUCUAUGGAUCCAUCCUCAGUCGAUUUGCAUAAAUUUUAUUCAGUAAAACAGUGGAAAGCAAUACAUAAUCUUAUUCAAUCUAUAGGCUUUAGAGAUAUUGAUGAUAUGAAUAUUCUUUCUGGCGAUGUCGUGGCAAAAGCUUUCAAAGAAUCACGGGAAAAAAUUGUUAAAAUUCGAGAAGAGGCAUUAUUACUUUUUGGUUUUAAAACCAGAGCUAAAGGAUUGCCCGAUCUUAAUGCUACAAUAAAGUUCAUUAAUGCAAUACUAGAUAAUUGGUGCGGUUAUACUAUCAAAAGUGGACGAAGAAAAGAAGGACCAAAAGAUCAGCGAGUAUGGAAGCGCACUUAUUGGAUUCAUCGUGUGUCAGAUAAUGGAGUUAGUUUUAUAACUCAAGAAAGAAUAAUGGCUAUAAAGUUGAAUGCUCCUAAUUAUCACCCUACAGAUCCAAUUCUUCCACCAUAUAAACCUGAAUUAAUCGAUGAAACUCAAGAACUUUUCGAUUCAAUACCUAUUACUACUGAUAUUACUAGCAAUAAGAUUUGUGAAGAGAGUUCUUGUAAUAAUAUAGCUGAAAAAUCCGAGACUCAAAAUCAAUGGAAUGAUUCUGAACAAUUCUCAAGCAUUACUGAAACUAAGAUUGAAAUACCUGAAUCCUUAGCCACUUUGUGUCUGCCUCCGGCAAUUUCUCUAUCUUCAGAAUUUCUUAUUAAAAACCGAUCUGAUGUAGAUAUUCUUAUCUUUUAUUUACAAGAAAAAUUUAAUAUGCCUCAAGAAAGAUUAGAAAAAUGGAAAAAUAAUAUUCUCUUCGAAAUGCGGGAUAAUCAUAAUUACUGGAAAAAAGAGCGCGAAACCAUGAAUGAAAUCGAUUUCUUGGAUUACAAGCAGAAGUUUGAAGCUAAAAUGAAAGUUCCUACCACUCCGCACAAAAAAGAGUUGAAAAAUAAAUCUUUAGCUUUCAUUGAAUAUGCAUAA